AUGAGCUCCAAAGGCAAAGAGAAGCAGCCAAGAAUACAAUUUCUCAACCUGACAAACCCUAGCGACGCCACUAAAUCGGAUGCACUCACUGUUAUACGUUCACAUGUGGCAAAAAACACACAUGGCCGCAAGCAAGCAAGUCGCCGGGUUCGCUUAGAGAUUCGGCAAUACCAGCCUGCCGCCGGAUCAAGCAAACUUAAUGAUCACGGGCAGCAAGAAGAUGUUGACACACAGUUGGUGCAUGUAACUGAAGAACGUCAUCUGCAAGUAGCACACCAACUAAAGCAUACCGAGGAAGCUCGACCAAUCGAGCUAGAAAUAUGGAUGCCCAAUCCCCAAACCUCUGUGACAUCAAAUCGAAGAAACCCCUUCCAGAGCACCGCAAGAGCCGUUUCUGAUUCCGAGAAUUCAUUGAUUGAUCAUUAUAUCACCUAUGUCGUUGACCACGGGUAUACAGAUUGUAUUCAUACUGAGACUGAACAACUCCUUCUCCAAAAUGUCCGGUCGCAGUUUGUGCCAUGGUCACUUACAGAGCGAGGCCUCCAGGCCGGCCUCUUUAUGGCAGCCUGCCGGAGUUUAUUAACUCUACAUCCUGAAAACGAUUCCUAUAGAGUUUCCCUGCUCAAGUACAAGAGUGAAUGCAUCAAAAUACUUCGCGCCGCGCUUUCAGACUCAGAUGGAGGGGAUAUCAGCGAUUAUAGUAUUGCUUUGGCUUUGGUAUUAUCAACGGAAGAGUUUCUUUCUGGGAAUGUAACGGAAUACCGACUGCAUGGUGAGGGCAUUCUCAGGAUGGUUCAUUUGAGAGGAGGGUUCAAGGAUCUUGGCCCAGAUGGCCUCCUAGGAUAUCUCUUGGCGCGAUCCGUCUAUAAUCCAAUCUUUAAAUUUGUGGAUGGGCCUGAUGUUACAGAAUUAAUGCAAUAG